CCAGCGCCGCCAUUUUUGCAAAGGGAAAAGAGACAGGGGUAGAGGGAUCUAGUUUCCUACAGUCAGCGUAGGUAGGGCAGUAUUAAAACAGUUUUAACUGAAUUAAAACUGUAUAAUAGGUCGUGAUCACAGCUGUAAGGACAGACGAAAGAGUACAGAAGGUUUUACAAACGGAGUGUUGCAAGAGUCAACAUUUUAUAACCACUGUUACAGAUCCGCAGUGGAGACCGAAGUAUUGUUUUGGUUGUGUGGAGUCACGGGCGGCGGGGGUCUCACCCGGGUCCCCUGUUUCUUCAUUCAAAGCAGCUAUAGUGGACAUUAACGAGACAUGGGGAGGUGAGCCGCCACUCCUGCCCAGGCUUGGGUGGGGACGGAAGCGGAGAGAGAGAGAGGGGAGAGAGAACGAGAGCGGCAGGUGGCACAGAACCUGGGUGUCUCAGGCCUCGUGGAUGCACUUAGAUGUCUGCAAUGAGUGCUGUGGCUGGCAUGCCUCAGUGUAUUGGAUUCCUCUGCUCUGGACUCAGUAGGACAAGGAUUUCUCAGCAGAGAACGUCAUGAGCAUAGUCGUCCCUGCAGGGGUGGACACGGCAGACACCUCGUACCUGAACAUGGCUGCAGGCUCAGACAGACCGGAGUCAGUAGAGGCCAGUCCUGUGGUGGUGGAGAAGUCCAACUACCCGCACCAGAUCUACAGCAGCAGCUCCCACCACUCACACAGCUACAUCGGCCUGCCGUACGCCGACCACAACUAUGGGGCGCGUCCCCCGCCCACGCCCCCCGCCUCGCCCCCUCCGGCGGUGCUGAUCCGCCCGGGCGACGGACUCCUGCUGGGGGCACAGGACGAGGCGUCGGGCACCACGCUCAGCACCUCCGAGGACGGCAGCUACGGGGCCGACAUCACCCGGUGCAUCUGCGGCUUCACGCACGACGACGGCUACAUGAUCUGCUGCGACAAGUGCAGUGUGUGGCAGCACAUUGACUGCAUGGGCAUCGACCGGCAGCACAUCCCAGAGACGUACCUGUGCGAGCGCUGCCAGCCGCGCACCCUGGACCGCGACCGCGCCAUCGUGCUGCAGACGCGCAAGAGGGAGAACAUGUCAGAUGGGGACACCAGCGCCACGGAGAGCGGAGAUGAGGUCCCGCUGGAGUUAUACUCGGCCUUCCAGCACACGCCCACCAGCCUGACGCUCACCACCAGUCGCCUGGGCAACAAGCAGGUCGAGAAGAAGCGCAAGAGGAGUGGCGACAAGGAGCCGCCCGCCACGGCUCGCGCUAAAAAGGCCUUCCGGGAGGGUUCACGGAAGUCUUCCCGAGUAAAGGGUUCGGCCCCUGACGUGGACCCGACUGAGUCUCCGUCGCUGUGGGAGAGCAAGAUGAAGGUGUGGAUGGAGCGUUACGAGGAGGCCAGCAGCAACCAGUACAGCGAGGACGUGCAGACGCUGCUGCGCAUCAAGGAGGCCAGCCACGUCAAGACACUCGCCUACAACACACACACCGCCAGCUUCAAGCCUCCCGUGGAGAGCCAGGUGCAGAAGAACAAGCGCAUUCUGAAGGCUGUGCGGGACCUGGUGCCAGAUUCACUCAUCAUUGAGUACAGGGGCAAGUUCAUGCUGCGCCAGCAGUUUGAAGCCAACGGUUACUUCUUUAAGAGGCCGUACCCAUUUGUAUUGUUCUACUCCAAGUUUGAUGGCCUGGAGAUGUGUGUGGACGCACGCAACUUUGGCAACGAUGCACGAUUCAUACGCCGCUCCUGCACCCCCAACGCUGAGGUGCGUCACGUUAUCGAGGACGGCAUGCUGCAUUUGUACAUCUACUCACUGAGGCACAUCAGUAAAGGCAGUGAGAUCACCAUAGGAUUUGACUAUGACUAUGGCAGCUGUAAAUACAAGGUGGACUGUGCGUGUGUGAAGAACCACGAGUGUCCGGUCCUCAAGCACAACCUGGAGCCCACGGAGAACCUGGGCGGUGGGGCGGACUCACGGCGCCGGCGUGGCGGACGCAAGGACAAGGAGCCGUUGGUCCGCGAGCGCGAAGACAGUGGUCAGAACCAGAACCUGAUGCUGGACGGCGAGGCUGGAGCCAAGGCCAAGAACCUGGGCGACCCCAAGCAGAGGAAGCUCUCGCCACUGCGCCUGUCCAUCUCCAACAACCAGGAUCCCGAGUUAAUUGAGGAUUUAGAAGAGAAAACCUCCGUUAGCAAUGAAGUAGAGAUGGAAUCUGAGGAGCAGAUUGCUGAAAGGAGGAAGAAGAUGACACGUGAGGAGCGUAAGAUGGAGGCCAUCCUGCAGGCGUUUGCGCGGAUGGAGAAGCGGGAGAAGCGGCGCGAGCAGGCCCUGGAGCGCAUCGGCACCAAGACGGAGCCGGGCACACGCAGCGACAUCAAGGAGGAGCCGCCCGAAACGCCCGAGGCUGAGUCCCCCUCCAUGCUACAGCCCCUGUGCGAGAGCGUGAAGGAGGAGCCAAUCAUGAAGCCUGUGACCGUCGGGGCAACGGCAGCCAAGGUCAGCCGCAACAAGCAGCGCAAGUCCUUCUCGCGCGGGCGCACCCACAUCGGGCAGCAGCGUCGCCGCGCCCGCACCAUCAGUACCUGCUCGGACCUGCAGCCCGGCUCGCCCGCCGACCCCCUGGAGCCGCUGGCCGCCGACGCCAGCGAUGCCCCCGACGGCUCCGGUGCCAGCACCGCAAGCGCUGCCCUCUCGGAGCCCGACGGCGCCGCUCUGCCCCAGCGCACGCCCGACGCCAGCCCGCCCCACAGCGGCUCACCCGCCCCGACGCCGCGCCACGGCAACAAGUAUCCCAAAACAAAAAAGCAGCACUUAGUGAGUGAGUGGAUGGGGUGCGAGAAGCAGGAGCGGAGUGCGUCGCGCACCCCCGAGCCUCCGCCGCCGGACCGCCCGCUGCGCAUCAGCAGCGACCCCGAGGUGCUGGCCACGCAGCUCAACUCGCUGCCGGGCCUGGCGCUCAGCCCGCACGUCUACACCACGCCCAAGCACUACGUGCGCUUCUCCUCGCCCUUCCAGGCCCACCGCAGCCCCACCGCCCCAGGGCUGCCCACCGGCCGACGGCGCUCACGCGAGCUGCCCGAGACGCCGCCCACCACCGGCUCCUGCAAGAAGCGCUGGCUGAAGCAGGCGCUAGAGGAGGAGGGUUCGACCAGCCCGGCCAGCCAGUCGGCCCUCAUGAUGUCCGGCGAGGGCCCCCUCAGCCCCCCGCUCAACGGAGACUCCGACAGCCCGCUCCCCUUCAACGGCAGCUGCACCCUACCAGAGUUGCCCACCCCUCUUAAGAAACGGCGCUUGUGUCCGCUGGACGCCUGCAUGUCGGAGAGCUCCACCCCUUACGGCUCUCCUUGUGCCACGCCCACCCGGGUGGACCUGCUGGAGAUGCCGGGCACGCCCCUUCUCCUGGCCACGCCUCCCCGCGUGCGGCACGACGACCUGGGUCCAGAGCCUUCCCCCUGCACGCCCACCAACGCGCACGUUGCCCCUGGCAAUGCUGCGCCGGGCACACACACACCGCAGGGGGCGCACACACCCUUCAACCUGCCACAGGAGAAUGAGGGGUCGCAGGACAGCUCCCCUGAGGGCAGCCGGAGAUCCAGUACUCAAGAGGUUGAACGUGCCCCAUCGCUGCUCUCGUCUCCAACGGUGCGUCCCACCGUCCUCCCUGACGCCGCCGUCGCUACCCUGGACCUGAAGCCCUCUGGUGCCCAGAGCCCCUCUCCAGAGUCCCAGGACCCAGCAGCAGCAGCAGCAGCGCCGUCCACCGACGAGGGAGCGGAGGCGUCCGCCGACGGCGGCGGCAGCAGCAGCAGCAGCAGCAGCGAGGCCCUCCAGCUGUCGGACACCCCGACCUCGGCCUCGGCCUCGGCGUACCCGCCCUGGAUGAAGAGCCCCGAGCGCGGCGGCGGAGGAGGAGGAGCUGGGGCCAGUGGUGGCCUCUCCUUCUCGCCCAUCAACUCCAACCUGCGCGACCUGACGCCCUCCCACACGCUGGAGAUGUGCGCCUUCAGGCCCGACGCCUCGGGGCCGGGAGCCGUGCCUGUGCCCGUGACCGUUCCCGUGCCGGUGCCCAUGCCAGGGCCCAACGCCGCCGCCGCCACGGUGGUCACUGCUGUUGCAGUGCCCGCAGCCUUCAGCGAGGCGGCGUCCUUCUACCCCUGCGGCGAGGAGGGCGGGCAGCUGGGCUUUAGCCGCUCGCUCAGCGCAGACAGCAGUGGGGAGGGAGGGGGCAGCGCCCAGAACCCCCCACCCAAGAAAAAGGUGUCUUUGCUGGAGUACAGGAAGAGGCAGCGCGAGGCACGGCGCAGCGGCGGCUCCAAGGCCGAGUGCAGCUCCCCGGUGUCCACGGCGCCACCUGUGGAAAUGUUUUCCACCAUCGCCAUGGAGACUGCCCCUGAGCAGCCGCCACCACCUCCGCCACAGCAGCCGCAGCAGCAGCAGCAACCACUGCAGCAGCAACAGCAGCCGACUCCGGUGGUGACACCCACACCCACCCAGCCCAGCGAGGAGGGAGGCGACGCCCCAGCCCAGGGGGAGAGAGAGGGCGGAGAAGGACAGUGGACGUCAUCUACAUCAGUGGAACAGGCCAGAGAGCGCUGCUACCACAGAGCCCUGUUGCUAAGUGACCAUCGCAAGGACAAGGAUGCUGAUGGCGCAGAGGCAGAGAGUGGUGACGGAGCACCUGUGAGGGACUGUCCCUCUCCCAAGAGCUGCAAGAGUCCCUCUACACACCCGCCGUGUUCCCCUGGGCCCAGCGCUCGUCCACUUAAGGAGGAGGAGUCCGACACCCCGUCCCGGUCCGCUCCCCAGCAGGCCAGUGGCUCCAAGACGGCCGCGUCGAAGCCGGCGCCGCUCACCCCGAGCAGGAUGCUCCCGUCGCCGGCCCCCCAGGUCCACUACGCGGGACCCCCCUCGUCGCUCCUGCACUCCCCGAAGACGCUACCGCAGGCCCAGGGCUCCCCCUACCGCGGCCAGCGCUCCUUCCACGCGGCCCCGCCACCCGGCCAAGCCCAGGCCCCGGCUCCGAAUGUGGGGCCCGCGGGUGCGGCGGCCGCCGCGGUAGCCUUCGCCCAGUACAGCGGCCCCCAGAGCGUGCCGCCGCCUCCCCCACCACCUCCUCCUCCGGCGCCCCCGGCCUCGGCGGCCUACUUCCCGGUCCAGAGCGCCCCGGCGGUAGCAGCGUCCUUCCAGGCCUUCCAGCCCGGGGUGGCGGUGGUGGCGCCGCCUCCCCCUCCGCCGUUUGCGCCGCCGCCGGGCUCGCAGCCGCUGCUACAAACGCACCACGCGCCGCUGCACUACCAGGCGGCGGCCGCCGCUGCGCCGCCCCCUCCCCCUCCCCCGCCCCCGCACCCCCAGCAGCCCGGGCCCGCCCUCCUGCACGUCAACAUGCAGCCGCCGCCGACGUCGAUCCAGCAGCACCAGGUGCAGCUGCUCAGCUCCGCGCCGCCACCCCCUCCGCCGCCCCCACAGGGCCAAGCCGGCCAGCCCCAGCCCGUGCAAGCCGGCCUGCUGGCCCUCAAACAGCAGCAGCAGCAGCAGCAGCAGCAGCAAGGGCCGCCCCCUCCUCCGCCCCCACCUCCACCCCCUGCCCCGUCGUCGGCAGCGCCCCCUGUCCACCCGUACCAGACGCUCGGCGGCUUCCAGGCCCCGCUCCUGCAGCACCCGGCGGCACCCAGCAACCCCCCUUCCGUGGCCCCGGCCUCCUACCCGCCCCCCCACCAGCAGACUGUGCUCCCCCCACCGCCGCCUCCGCCGCCCCCCUCUCAGACUGCGCAGGCUGCCCCCCAGAUCAGCGGAGCAGCGCGGGGAGCACCGGCGCCAGGGGCGCCCCCCUUCCACAGCGCCGGGUACAUGGGCACAGGGUGGCACUGACUGCAUCACAGACGAGGCCCCCCACCCCCUCAACUCGACUCGCUCCCUCACCCAGCCCCUAACCAAUGUCCUUCUCUAACCAGCCUAUAGACUCACAAAGAGAGAGGGAGGGAGAGAGAGAGAGUAAGAAAGAAAGAGAGCGAGACGGGCUGUCACACUUGUGUACCAUAGCGCCCGUGCACCUUGCCCCCUACCCCCUUCUGUAAAUAUUUUCUAAUGUUCCUGACCACAACAGCCGACAGAAAAACAUCCGCGGAGAGAACGAGGAGGUCAGGAGGAGGAGAGACGGUGAAAAAGGAUACCCUGACUAAACAAAGAAGAAAACAAAACACACACACACAUACACAUGCGCACACACACACAGUAUACAUGGACAGUAACUAAGACAAAAAAAAAAACUGUUGAAGCAAUCUCCAGAGACUUAAAUGAGGUGUAAUAUGAAGGUGGACGAUUUAACUCCCCACCCCCCCUUCCCCCUCCCCGAUGCUAUCCUCCCUCCCCCACCUUAUCCCUGAACCUUCCAGUGUCCUUUUCAGGGCGCGACUCUUGUCUUUGACUUUGUUUUAUUUUUGUAAUAUCUUCCUCUUUGGUGGAGAGUUCUAGCUCUGUGUCUCCCUUGUUUGUCUAGCGACCCCCCCCCCCCCACCCCUGCACUUUCUGUAUUGAUGGACAUUCCAACCUAAAAGCCCCUCCCCCCUGUGACCCGUCUUUUCCCACCCCUACCCCUCCUUCAUGUCUUUAUGUCUGCACCGUUUAGUUUUAUCUAGUGGCUCAUUAUAGCGAAAGAGUUAAAGGAAAAAACAGCUUUUUGUAAAGAGUAAAAAAAUACAGAACGAUUAUUUUUUUUAUUCCUUAUGUAACAAGAAAAAAAAAAUAUCUGCUCACCGCUGUAGAGAUUCAAAGGAAGAACUUAGUGGUAGGCCGCUUCACUGCCCCUAGUGUAUGCACUUGAGAGAGAGAGAGAGUGUGUGUGUGUGUUUGUGUGUGCAUGUUUGUCAGUGAGGUGAAUGUGUGGCAACAAUUACGUCUGUGUGUCUCUGUCUGUGUGUGUGUGUGUGUGUGUGUGUGUGUGUGUGUGUGUGUGUGUAUGUGUGUAUGAGUUGGAGGGGGAGGAUUUCAGGCUGAAGAGGGCAUGCAGUGCAGCGGUCUGCUUGGCGCGGCCCACCACCGUGUGUGUGUAUGCGUGUGAGUGUGUGUGGCCAAGGGGUCCCGGCUAGCCUGGUCAUCAGCGGUUUAUUUUUGAAUAUCAAUGGUUAUUUGUAGAAAGUGUAAUUUAAUUGUAUAGGGUGUUUUACUCCGGCUUUACUCCAGAAACAGGUUGUAAAUAUUCGCUUCCUCUCUCUUUCUUUUCUAUUGCUUGUACAAUUCGCCUCCCAUGCCCAUUUUGGAAUAAGGUUGUAAAUAGAGUGCUCUCUUGGCAAAAGCUGAAUGUUUCUGUGACCGUAGCACUAUUUUUAUUUUGUUUUUGUUUUAAUUUCCUCCUCUCUGGACUAUUAUAUUUUGUCUUUUUUAUUUCUCUGUGUGUGUGUGCGCGUGCGUGCGUGUGUGUAUGUGUGAGUGUGUGCGUGUGCGUAUGUGUGGAGAGCGACUCACAGACACAGCACUGGUUGGCUAUUUUCAUGGUUCAUUAUAAUAAAUCACUGUAAUGACAGUUUUAUACCA